UGUCAUACGUUAUGCAUUUCCGGUUCUGUUUCUACUCCUUCAAAACCCCCUUCUCGUGACUGUCUACGAAGCCCAAAUUUUUUCAUAGCAUUUUCAGAGGAACAAUGGCGGGUAGGGUUUCGACGUGCUUCUUCUUCGUGUUUGCUCUUUCUCUCCUUCUUCCUUUUCAGAUCUCCGCUGAGGAAUCAUCGGAGAAAGAGUUCGUACUCACAUUGGAUCACUCUAACUUUCAUGACACUGUCAGCAAGCACGAUUUCAUCGUCGUCGAGUUCUACGCUCCAUGGUGUGGCCACUGUAAGAAGCUUGCUCCCGAGUAUGAGAAAGCUGCUUCUAUCUUGAGUAGUCAUGAUCCUCCGGUUGUUUUGGCUAAAAUUGAUGCCAAUGAGGAGAAGAACAAAGACCUUGCAUCUCAAUAUGAUGUUAGGGGAUACCCAACAAUUAAGAUUCUGAGAAAUGGGGGAAAGAAUGUUCAGGAAUACAAAGGUCCCCGUGAAGCAGAUGGCAUCGUUGACUAUUUGAAGAAACAAAGUGGUCCUGCUUCAACUGAAAUUAAAUCUGCUGAUGAAGCUACUGCUUUCAUUGGUGAAAAUAAAGUUGCUAUUGUUGGAGUUUUCCCGAAAUUUUCUGGAGAGGAGUUUGACAACUUUUCUGCCUUAGCAGAGAAGUUGCGUUCUGACUAUGACUUCGGUCACACUCUGAAUGCCAAACACCUUCCAAGAGGAGAGUCAUCAGUUUCUGGUCCCGUAGUUAGGUUGUUCAAGCCAUUCGAUGAACUUUUUGUUGACUUCCAGGAUUUCAAUGUGGAAGCUCUAGAGAAAUUUGUUGAGGAAUCUAGUACCCCUGUUGUUACUGUCUUUAACAAUGAUCCGAGCAAUCACCCUUUCGUUGCCAAAUUCUUCAACAGUCCCAAUGCAAAGGCAAUGUUGUUCAUCAACUUCACUGCCGAAGGUGCUGAAUCUUUCAAAUCAAAAUACCGUGAAGCUGCUGAGCAACAUAAACAACAGGGUGUAAGCUUUUUGGUGGGAGAUGUUGAGUCUAGUCAAGGUGCUUUCCAGUAUUUUGGACUGAAAGAAGAACAAGUACCUCUAAUUAUCAUUCAACACAAUGACGGGAAAAAGUUUUUUAAACCCAAUUUGGAAGCUGAUCACAUUCCAACUUGGUUGAAGGCGUACAAGGAUGGUAAUGUUGCACCAUUUGUGAAGUCUGAACCCAUUCCUGAAGCUAACGAUGAACCUGUUAAAGUGGUAGUUGGGAACAGUCUUGAGGACAUUGUUUUCAAAUCUGGGAAGAAUGUUCUGCUGGAGUUUUAUGCUCCCUGGUGUGGUCAUUGCAAACAGUUGGCUCCAAUAUUGGACGAAGUUGCUAUCUCAUAUCAAAGUGAUGCUGAUGUUGUUAUUGCAAAACUGGAUGCAACUGCCAACGAUAUCCCAAGUGAAACCUUUGAUGUCCAAGGUUAUCCAACCGUGUACUUCAGGUCAGCAAGUGGAAAGUUAUCACAAUACGAAGGGGGUAGGACCAAGGAAGACAUCAUAGAAUUCAUCGAAAAGAACCGGGACAAACCUGCUCAGCAAGAACAAGGACAAGAUAAACCUGCUCAGCAAGAACAAGGACAAGAUGAGCAAGAAAAAGGAAAAGAUGAGCUUUGAAAGGGAGCUGUUCCUCACAUGGGAUAUAGACACAAAGUUACAUGUGGGCUGCACACCCUUUUGUAUCUCGUUAUCAGAAUUUAGUGAACCUUAGGUGCUACCUAUCUUCCUUUGAUCUUCUUUUCUUUUCGGUUUUCUUUUAUGUAUGGUUUACUUAAUAAAAACGGGAGCUUUUGCUUGGUGUAGUAGAGUUUAGUGCAGGGAAAGGUGUAGCUGGGAUCCGAGUUAAAUUAAUGGAUGUUUUUAGAUCACCCAGUAUCUCUAGUCUCUAGAUAUCUUAAUAGUAAUUUUAAGUUUCAUAUCGUGACGUAUGUUAUGAUAUAAAAUUUUCAGUUAAGCGUGUUUUGCAAA